CCCGCUCGACCGAGGCUGCACCUCCCGAGAUCCUUCAGGCAUCUUGAAUAUAACACCGGAUCCAGGCGGAAUAACUCCAUACAAACCACACAAAACAAAAAACAAAAACAAACAAAAGAAUACAAGAAGGAAUAUUUAGUUCCGGAGCAAGUUUAAGGAAUACAAUCGCUAAACCGAAGAGUUUAUUUCCACCUCCCCGCGCGACUGCAGACAUGAGGAUUCUAAGAGUCGCGCUCCUGCUCGUUCACGCCUUCGUGAUGUCUCGGCUGGCGAGCGGUGCUGUGGUUGACAGGCACGAGAGUGAGAGGCAACAGCACACGGCUGUCAUCAACCUGUUGGACACACACAACGAGAGACGGACAGAGGGCGACAGUAUUGCUGUGGACAGGCCGUCGGUGGAGUACGGUGGAGAGGAGGAGGAUGAGGAGUACUAUGACUACUACUAUGAAGAUGAGGAUGAUGACGGUGGCAUGUCCGGAGACUAUGAGGUCGAACUGCCUCGAGUUGCUAUGUCCAGCAAGCCCAAGGACCCGUCUCCCAUUUUGGAUGCAGAGACGGGUGAGGGGAAGAGAAGGAGAGGAAAGGGAAAAAGGAGGGGAAAGGGCAAGGGAAAGAAGAGGAAUCCAUGUUUGAGGAAGUAUAAAGAUUUCUGCAUUCACGGCACCUGCCAGUACCUGAGGGACAUCCCUGCACCUUCCUGUGUAUGUCAUCCAAGUUACUCUGGGGUGCGGUGUGAGUUCUUCACCCUGCCGGUGGAGGGGAGGACCCAGGAGGGCUACAGCAGGACCACAGCACUCGCUGUGGUGGCAGUGGUGCUGUCUUCUCUCUGUCUCACCAUCAUAGGCCUUCUAUUAGCACUCAGGUUUCAUAAGCGGGGAGCGUAUGAUGUGGAGAAUGAGGAGAAGGUUAAACUAGGGUUAGCCCCCAACCACUGAGGAGACAGACAGGGGAAAGGAUGCGGAAAUUCUACCUCAAAAUAGAAAGGGGAAGUGAACUGCGAAAAACCUGGAGGAACAAGGAACGUACAUGAAGAAGGGAACAGAGUGGGCGUGCCCCGUAUCCUGGCACUCUUAACCCACAAACUGGAUGGAACAAUCAGAUGUAACUGGGCAGCUCAGGACUGUCCGGAGGGCCUCACGAGUCACGACCUGUGUGGAAAGAGCCUGCCUGAAACUGGAAUACUGAUUGACCCAGAGAACGGACUAGAUAUGUAAUGAGCACAUGGAGGUCAAGCGGUAGAGGUACAAGAAGGAGGAAUGUGUCUAGACUCGGUGCUCGUUUUGGUUACCAGGCGCUUUUAGACUGAACAGGAUACAUCUUUGCAACCCCCCCACCCCCUACGCCCGACAACACGACAAUGAGAGCUCAACAUGGAGUAUCUCCAUUGUUCGUUUGUUUGUUUCUUUUUUUUCAACAGACAGCAUUUUAUAUUUUCCCGCACACGUUCGUCAGUUUUUUUAGUGUACUGUAAACCUUUUAUUUAUACAAUACUUAUUUUAAUUUAUUUAUUUAUGUGUUGCUGUAUUUAUGCAGAAUUCUAACUACUCUCAUCCACUCAAAAUGCACUGUCAGUUUGUAAAAACAACAAAAACAACAACAACAUCAACAACAAAAAAAUGAAGUUACUGUUAGUCUUUUUGUAUUUGAUGCAAAUCAAUAUUUAUUAAUAAUGAACCUUAGAAAGGCAAACAUCACCCCUGAUUGUGGACGAACAAAUAUUUCAAAAUAAGAGCCUUCCAUAGAUAUCAGAUAACUGGCUUUGAUUUUAGCACGCAGUAGCUGCUGAAUAGCAACUGUGAUGAAUAGAGCGAUCAGCUAGACACCAAAUAUGUGUCCUGCCCUAAAUGUUACACGGGCACAAUCCCGUCUGCCAUUAUGAUGCAUUGAUUUUUGAGGUCUGCCUAGAUGUUUGAUCAAUAGCCAUCCAAGUCAUGCAUCCGGCUUCUGUGUCUCUGUAUUGCUAAGAAAAGUCGAAAAGGGAGUCAGUUAUCCUGCCGAAGGCCUUGUUUGGACGAGGCGUGGUAGAAGGUGUUGGGUAGAAACACUAACAUGUUGUAUUGUUGUCUUACCAUGGGUAACAGAAAAAGUGGCAACUCACUUGGUGGACGGUGCACACUGAGAUCCAUGUUAAGCUAUUGAUGAAAAAAAAAUGUGAAUUCAAGUUUCAGUCUUUUCAAAACAACCUGCCUUGCAGUUUGAAGUGAUUUCAGUUUAAGAAAGAUGUUUUUUUUUCUUUCGGAAAGAAAUAAAACUUUUUAUCUCAGAAUUUAUAA